UUGUAUGGAUCCGCCAUGAUGUCCAAGAAAACGAGCUCUACAUACAAGUUUGGAAGUGUUAUUUUUAAUAUUGUGACUGAGUGUGAAUGAAUUGCCAUAAUGGGAACGAAAUAAGAGUAUUGUAGGUUUAUUUAGUACAGGGUAUAUACCCUCCGGGGCCCUGUAAAGGGACGGUACAGUGGUUUUUCCUGUCGUGGCCAAUGUGUUCUUAGCCUGUCAACAAAAAUGAGCAAGCUCUCGUUUCGGGCUCGGGCGCUGGACGCCUCAAAGCCCAUGCCAAUUUACAUGUCUGAAGAACUACCAGAUCUACCUGACUACUCGGCAAUUAACAGAGCAGUGCCACAAAUGCCGAGUGGAAUGGAAAAAGAGGAGGAAUGUGAACACCAUCUUCAGCGUGCUAUAUGCACAGGUCUCAUCAUCCCGACACCUGAAGUUGUGGAUUUGGCAGAUUUAGAAGCUUACAACAAGAUCUAUCCCCUUGACUACAAACUUCCACGACAACUUAUCCAUAUGCAGCCAUUUGCAAUGGAGCAAGACAUCCCAGACUACGAUAUGGAUUCAGAGGAUGAGAAGUGGGUUCAUUCACAGGCCAAGAAGAUGGAUCUUUUGCCGUUGAAGUUUGAAGAGAUGAUGGACCGUUUAGAGAAGGGCAGUGGGCAGACAGUAGUGACUCUGCAGGAAGCCAAAUCUCUGUUGAAGGAAGAUGACGAUUUGAUCAUUGCUGUCUAUGACUACUGGCUUAACAAGAGGCUCAAAACUCAACAUCCUUUGAUUCCUACUGUUAAAACGGAGCAUCGAUUGGGGUCAGCUGCAAACAAUCCAUACCUUGCAUUCCGUCGUCGAACUGAGAAGAUGCAGACUCGUAAGAACCGUAAGAAUGAUGAGACCUCUUAUGAAAAGAUGUUAAAACUACGACGAGACCUGAGUCGGGCUGUCACGCUUCUUGAGCUUGUGAAACGAAGAGAAAAGACCAAACGUGAACAUCUCCACCUCACAAUAGAAAUCUAUGAAAAGAGGUAUCAGGCAAGUGAUUUCAGUGGCCAGAUGUUGGCAGAAGUGUCUGCACUGAAGACACCACGUCCAGCAUUUGCCCCUCUCUUCACAAACCAGUUUGGAAUCAACCACCAGAACUGGGUGAACAAAGUGUCAAACAAGGAUGAGGUAGUUCCUAGGAAGGAGAAACGUCAGUACAAAAAGCGGAAACACAAAACAGGAACAGGUACUGUGGGUAUUGGUUCUCAUGGACACGGGCACCACCACAGUGGACGGAGCUCUGCUGGUUCUGGUAUUGAGUUUUUGGGUUACAACUGCACUCCUGGUGGGGAACUUCUGAGCUCGGAGGACGAGGGGGAUGCUGUCCUAUCUGGACAGUCACCACAAUCCGAAGAUGAGGAACCUGAUCCUAAUGAGGGACCUUUCACUUUCAGGAGGAAGAAGUACUGCAAUUACCAUGCGCCCUUGUCAGGUGGUCUUGGCAACUGGCCAUGGUGUAGUCGUGAAGAAGGUGGUCUGGCUGAUAGGAGGUACAGAUACUGCCUUACCUCCAUAUCAAACCCUGAACGGAGGUGUAUAGGAUUUGCCAGGCGGAGAAUAGGUCGGGGUGGAAGAGUAAUACUAGACCGUGCAAGCACAGAGGUGGAUGACAUUUUUGCAGCUCUGGACUUUACUGUCCUUGACUCUACAGCUGUUUCGCAUAAUAACAACCAGUUCCUGUCAGAAAUCAAGAAUGACUGGUUACACUUCCGGCCAAAGACACCUCCACCAUCAGCUGGUAGUGAAGGUGAAGAUGCUGAAGUUGAUGUCUUCAACUCUUCACGGGAAGAACCCCUCCUAUGUGGUCUGCCUGGUGUUGAUGGCUCCACAUUAACUCUGGAAGUGGAGACGCUGUCAGAUGAUAUCUUCAGUAAUUCCUGCGCCAUGUCUUCAUUAGAUAAUACAAGCAGUAAUGUGACAACAACAGAGCUGAACCUGUCAGAACUCAUGUCAAAUUCAUCUUCACAUUUGUUUGAACUUCCGUCAUCCGUAACAGCUGAUGAAAACCUUGACAUUCUCGAAAGGUUAGGACUUGGAUCUGGAAGCCUAAGUUCACCGACAGAUGAAACCAAGUCAGGAAUCCCUGCAGAGGACUUGUCUAGGAAAUUGGAUUCCUCAUCCCCACCUAGCAGUAGCUGGGAUCCCAUCGUUGGAUGUUCGAAAUUUAUACUUCAGCCAAGUUCCAGCCUUAGGUUUAGCACCACUCAUGACCCUCUCUCACUAUCUCCUAUCUCAACAUCUUCAGUAACCACUCAUACUCCCUCUACUACCCCCAAUCAGCAUCAUCCUUCAACUCUCCAUCAUCACCCCCAUCAUCAUCACCAUCACCACCAUCAUCGGAGAAGACAUAGACAUCAUCAUAUGUCGACCAUUACAUCAACAUCGAAUUUCCUAACUAGUCCUUCAUCUGCGACAAACAGUAAUGCUAACAUUGGUGGUUUUAGUAAUGGUGGAUUAGUGUUAAAUCAUGAGCCAAGUACUAGUGUUAGUGGUGGGUUUAGCAUGGCAAUGGCAUCAACUAGUGCAAGUGAGAAUGUGUUGGUUCGUGCUUCUGGUGCUGCAUCUACAGGGUUUGGUGGGGGAAUGCAGAAUUUAACGAAUGGACCCAUCUCUACAGAAUUUUCAGAGACUAGCAGGUCAAGAUUGUCAGUCCAAACAAACAGAAAUCACCAGCAUCAGUCCAAUUCAUGCUACACAUCGUCGCUCCAGCUUGGCCAUCAAUCUAUAGGUCCGUCCACUCAUCCUGCUUCUAGCUCUGCUACGCUUAGUUCCGGUUGCAAUCACCAUCGGUUGCUCAUUGCAACUCAGCAGCUUUGCUCACCAACAGGCAUCUUUCAACACAACUACAACAGGAUAACAAUGACAACAAGAUCAACAGUUUCAGUCACAACACCGUCUAUAGUGGCUUCUGCUGCUACUAGUGAUGGUAAUGGUGAUGGUAUUGUUGCUGCUACAAACAUUAAACAAGAACCAGGAAUUGCAGGGGAAGUUACGCUUAACAGUGGUGAAGGUUUGGAAGUCGAUGCAAACAGUAAAGACAAAGCAAGUAACCAAGUGUGUGUUGACAAGAAGCAACUUGUUAGGAAAAACAAUUCCCUCCCCAUGGAAGUCACUUGAUGAAGGAAAACAACCCAGCUGUUUGGGAAUUGAAGAACAAACAUGAGAUUGUUUUUAAGAUCAUAGGAAUUUGGAAGAAAUGUUGCAGUUGAAUUGUAUGGUAGGGUGAAACAAUGGAUGAAAUGUAAAAUGGAAAAUAGAAAUAAUGGUAGUUUCCAUGAAGGAACACACAAUAGAGGGAAAUAGUGAGAAGAUUCCAAGUUGAAAGUGGUAGUAUGGGAAAAAGAAAGUCCAAUACAUUUAGUUACAUCUUGUCUUGCCGUUAGUAGUGGCUGAAGUUGUUUAAGACACAUUUUGUACCCUGUUAAAGUAAGACAAGAGACACUUGUUGCCCUUGUGAGUGUAGUGUGUAUAACACUAAGCAGUGAGAUUAAAAUGCUUUUCUUCAUUUAGGAAAACUGUAAUCUGGGCAUGAUAUACUGUUACUAGGUGGACUUACACUACAGUGUUAAUAUUUUUAUAGUUAUGAUAAACUUCGAAAAUAUGGCACACCUUAAAAUAGUCCAUAGGCUUGGCUUUAGGGAAGGUAAAGUCCACUAUUGAUGCCGGAUAUCUGUGCUUUCAGCAGUCAAAUUUAGCACUUACAAAACAUUCAUGUCCCUUUGCUGUUUCAGUAACUCUUUGAGGCACAAGAGGUUAAGGCCAUCACUUUUAAUAUAAUUUUAUGAAUUGCUACUAGAUUUUCGACUUUGUAAAAUCAAAGUGAAAGACUAUAAUACCUUGUACUUAGAAUAACGAUUGAUUAACCCUUUCAUUAUAUAUAGAAUAUUGUGCAAAUGACCAUUUUCUCUCUGUGUCAUUUAUGAUAUAUUCUGUGAACUGAAGUCUCUGCAGAUCUGUGCCAUUGGCGGGAUAUUCAUCUGACAUACGUUGAGUUUUAUUACAUGUAUUUAAGAAAGAAAAUUUUGCACAUUAUAGAAGACUUGAAUUUGAAUAAGACAGUUGUUUUGUGGUGUCCUGUCAUAGAAAGAAUUAAAUUAAUAUAUGUUAAGGCACUUUAGGGCCACACCAUAACUCAAGCGGUUAGUCGCUGAGUUCCCACCACGGUGGCCCGGGUUCGAUCCCAGGU